AGAGAGAGAGAGAGAGAGAGAGAGAGAGAGAGUAUAGGCACGACCGAUGUAGUUCACGUUAAUGGCUAAAACUAUUUGUAAUAUAUUCUUACAGAAAUUGUGUUAAUCUUUUUUUUGAUAUUCAGUUCCGAUUAAAUGAUUCAUUUUCUACAUUUUGUGAUUUUGUAGAAAUUUUGUACUUUUUGAAAUGCCCGCCAUUUUAAAACCGGAAAUCGUAUCGAAGCGAAAUUACUUGUGAAUCCUUAUCUGCAAGUAACUCAAAUCUCCUUUUUUUCUUUCUUCUUGUAUAAAUUUCAAGCGAAUUUAUUCAGUCGUUCGAAACGAUAGAGAAAAUAUACAUACACGUACGCACGCGAGCGCGCGCCACACACACACACACAUACAUACAUACAUACAUAAAGUACACAUAUACAUAUUAGAUUUUGAUAUGAAAAGUAAAGAUCCAAAAGUAUACAAUUUUUUGGAUAUCUCAAGUAGUUUCGAAGAUAAUCAUUUGUUAGACUUUUCGCUGUAUCGAGAGCAUAAGGAACUCCCUGCGGUCGUGCCUAAAAAAAGAGAGAAAAAAGGAAAGGGAUAAAAGAAGCGGGAGCAAAACAUGUCAAGCAGCACGAUGCGCUUUACGGUAGCGCCAGCUUCUGGUUCGCUCGUUACUAACUCUUUGGCUCCUGUUUGACUCAGAAAAGAGAAGUGUGUUGUGUUGGAUAAACGCGACGCGCGAACGUGGAUAUUUUAUAUAGUUAGAAACGUUGUCAGUCGAUUUAACGAAGCUUUCUUGAUAAUAUCGCUCGUUUGACGUCCAGCUCCCGCUGAUAUCCGGCGACACGGUCUUUCAUUUUAAAUAUAACGGUGUAUAAAUAAGUAUGAGCAAUAGCAGGAAUACGCGGAGCUCCCGAGCGUAUGAAUUUUUUUGAUACGCACGUUUGGACUAUCGAUCAUCGCUGAUAUUUUCUCUUUUCAUCGAGGAUCCAAGAUCAAGGGUGCAUCAAAUGCGUUCAAUAUUUAUGACUUUUUCUUUGACGUUUACCGUAUAUGUUCUUUGUGCGUGGGUAUGCAGUACCGAAACAUCAAGGAACACUUGAAUCCAAAGUCUAUAAAGAAUUUGGAAUAUACCUUUGUUUUCCGAAGAACGUAUUUGGAUUAAACGAGUUCUCUUAAACGAUGAAUACUUGUUUUGUACUGGCUAAGGGCUGCUUAGUUUGCCGCUUGACCCAGUUUAAUAAAAAAAAUAUACACAAUGCUGUUCUUCCCGAACUGGUUACAGCCGCAGGACAUGCUGCACGAUGUUGAGAAUAGUUAUGGGAUCGGUACAGAUUCCUGUAUAAUGUUUGAGGAGUUCUGCAUAUUUGCCGCAGAACUGGCACUUCUGUGCGAACGAGGAACAGUCGUUCCUAUGAGCACCUCUCAUUUGUUACACUGUGAUGGAAAGGAUACUAAUUACAAAAUUGGUUCAAAGAGAAUGGCAUAUGAGGUAUUUUUGGGUGGCUCUUGUAAUCCAACCACCUGGAGGUCAGAGAUAGCAAUACCGACACUUCAAAGACUUGGAAUUACUUACUACAAUCCUCAAGUAUCGCAAUGGGGACCAGAGCUUAUAGCUCAAGAAUAUGAAGCAAAACAGACAGCACGCGUUCUGCUUUUUGUAAUCGAUAAUCAAACUCGUAAUAGUGCCGGAAUUAUAGAGGCAGCUCAAUUGGCAGCAACUAGGAGUGAAUCUUUGAUUCUUGUAAUUUACCCGUAUCGACAAGAUCAGACUAUACUCGGAGAAAGUGUUUCAUCACAGGAAUACUAUGAUUUAAUGAAUGGAUUACUUGUACUUCAAUACUUUAUGGAAAGACAUAGGAUACCUAUAUUUGAAAGCGUAUCGGUCGCUCUAAAUUGUACAUCUAAGGUUUUGCGUGAACAAAUAAACGUACAGGACUUACAUGCUGAUGAUGGGGCGAGAACUAUAAGAAUCUCUCUAAGUCAAAAUGGGUCCGAUAUAAUAAUGUUAAGAGAGAUUUUUAAAUCUUUGGACAUUAAUGAUAGUGGUACAAUAAAUUUAAAAGAAGCUUGGGUAGCCUUACAGACAAACACAAAAUGUAAUGUAUCAGUUUCAGAUCUGUUCAAUGCUGUAAAUAAAUCAGAAACGUACAGAACGGUGAUCGAUGGAUUUCCAGGGAAGGGUGAUCCAGCAGAAUCGCGGAUAAACUUCGAACAGUUUUACUGUUUAGCCAGCGAAGCUUCAUGGCGGAUGAAGAAUAAUGGAGUUUCUUGUGAAAGUGAGAUACCUUCAGUUUGGAGUAUAUUAUGUAGGAAGGCCUCAAAAUUUCUACGCAGAGCUAUUGUACACCCUUUUAAUCGUUUCCUAGAUUGGACUAACUCCUUAAUACCAGAGUCUGAGAAGAGAGACCUGUAUGUUGGAGUGGUCAGUAAAGAUCUGUUUUGGUUAGAAUCUUCUGCAGCUCCAUUGAUUGAGUCUAUGGGUUUAACUCUAUACCGACCAAGCCUAAAUGAGUACAACGUAAGGGUAUUGCCACACGAAUUACAAAGGAUGAAAAAUUCGCGGUUAAUCCUAUUAAUUGUACCGCAGCACUCUCGUGGCAUUGCUAUAAUGGCAUUAGCAGCUCACUUGAUUGGAAUACGUGCUAAGCUUGUCCUGUGUGUUCAAAUUCUCCCCGAGGGUUGUAUUAUUUCUGGUGAAAAGUUAACCGAACAAGCCACGAAAGACUAUAAUCGGGGAAGGAUGUACCUGUCGGAUUAUGCAAAGCGCGAAGGUGUACCUGUUUUUCAGAAUAUCGCUGAUGCACUGCAACAUGCGAUACAGCUAGUUCAAAGUCCCUGUGUAAUGUCUACGAUUGCAAUGGAACCUUAUCCAGAAGUUACCGUUACAACGGCUAGAGAGAAAGAGCCACAUUUGGGUAAUCUGCUUGUACGAUUUGUAGCAGUAUAUUGGAAAUCUUUUAUAAUUGUACUAUGGCCAUUGAUUCUAUUGCCAUUAGUACUUAUAAAAACCGAAGAGGUAUUGGCUAUGCGAUGUUUAUACGUAGUCGCUUUGAUGGCAAUGUUUUGGGUAACAGAGGCUCUGCCAUUACCCAUCACAGGUCUCAUACCCGUGGUAUUUUAUCCUCUAAUGGGUAUUAUGAGCACUAAUGAAACUUGCCUUUGUUAUAUGAAUGAUACUACAAUGAUGUUUCUUGGUAGCUUGGUCAUUGCCGUUGUUAUUGAAAAUUCUGGUCUACAUAUGCGCAUUGCUCUCUUGAUCAUAAAAAUGAUCGGUUGCAGUCAUAGAAGGUUGACUUUGGGCCUUUUUUUCGUAACGAUGUUCAUUUCUAUGUGGGUUUCUAAUACCGCUGCUACCGCGAUGAUGAUACCGAUUAUGGAGACGGUACUCUUAGAACUUGAAACACAAGGACUUGGUAAUAUGUUCAUUCAAGAAAACGAAACUGAAAUGGCGAUUUCACCAACUUCAAAAAAACCGACACAUAGUACAAUGGUUUAUUAUUUGGUAGCAGCUUAUGGCUCAAGUCUCGGUGGUAUCGGUACAAUAGUAGGAAGUGGAACAAAUUUAACUUUGAAAGGAUUUUUCGAAACACGUUUUCCAAAUAGUCCAAGUAUAAGUUUUGCCUCUUGGAUGCUUUAUUCUGUACCACCAAUGUUACUGAUGGGCCUUCUGUCCUGGUUAUGGCUACAAGUGAUGUACAUGGGUCUAUUUAGGCCAAAAAGCAAAGAUGCUAGAGCGAUUGAUAUCGGUUCCCAAGGAGAACGCGUUGCUACGGAAGUGAUACAAAAAAGAUACAAGGAACUUGGACCGAUUUCGUGGCACGAAUCUGUAGUCGGAAUUAUGUUCGUAAUUGUAGUAUUACUUUGGUUCUUUAGAAGUCCUGGAUUCAUGCAAGGUUGGCCAUCUUAUAUUACGAAUUUGCCGGUUAAGGAUUCAACGGCAGCUACGUGUCUGACGAUCUUAUUCUUCAUACUUCCAGCAAAACUUGAUUUUUUAAAUGCCUUUGAUAAGGAUCCGACUAAACGUCCUAAAAAACCGUCACCCGGUAUGAUAACAUGGCAAAUGAUACACCAAAAAAUGCAUUGGAGUUUGAUACUGGUGCUUGGUGGAGGUUUUGCUAUAUCAGCCGGUAGUAAAUCAUCUAAAUUAUCAGAAAUCCUUGGAAAUUCAUUAACAGGACUGAAUUCUAUACAUCCAAUAGCAAUAUUGGCUAUUGUUUGUAUAUUUGCAGAAACUGCAACUGAAUUAACUGCAAAUGUUGCUGUUGCAAAUAUCAUAUUACCAGUAUUAGCGGAAAUGAGCGUGGCACUACAAAUACAUCCUUUAUAUCUUAUGCUUCCAGCAACUAUAUGUUGUUCAUUCUCAUUUCAUUUACCAGUAGGUACACCACCCAAUGCCAUUGCCAGUGCAGCAGGACAUAUAAGAACAAAAGAUUUUGUAAUUGCUGGAAUAGGUCCAACUAUUAUAACACUCGUUAUAACUGUAGGAGCAUUUUGUACUUGGGGUACAUAUGUAUUUAAUUUACAUGAGUUUCCAACAUGGGCUUCACAGAAUAAAACAAUGUAGAUUUGCUUUUUA